AUGGAUGAAAACCCAAAUGGAGUUUCACAUAGCAAAACUACAACUCAUAAGGCUCGUAGCAAAGGCAAGGAACCCACCAACAAGAGGUUUGCCACCAUAGACGACGGCGAAACGGAUUUAAUAGAAUGUUCUGGAAAGUAUUGCAAAUCAUGCACAACAGGAUUAAUAGCUGAUUGUGUUGCAUUAUGUUGUUGUCCUUGUGUUGUGUUACAUUGUUUUGCAUUGGCAUUUAUAAAGGCACCAUGGAUUAUGGGAAGGAAGUGUUUGGGAUUAGGGAAUAAAAACAAGAAUAAAAACAAAAGUGGUUGUUGUCAUAAGAGGAAAUGUAUAAAGGGACAUAAAGAUGUUGAUGUUGUGUUGGAAGGAAAUAAAGAAGUGGAUUUGAAGAUGAUGUGGCCAACAUCACCAAUGGAUAGUGUUAAUGUUGGAUUUGAAGCUGAAAAAGUUUGGCAUGAGUUGUACCAAAUUGGUCAUUUAGAUUUUGGAAGGGUUUCAUUCUCAGGUGAAUAA